UAGCAAACAUUCGAGAGGGAAACAAAGAGGGAAGAACAUCCUGCAACUGUUGGACGUAAAGAAACCUGGAGUAAUUAGCUUUUUCUAAUCAGGAUACUUUGGCAAUCAUAUAAGGGCUCCGUCAUGUCUCACAAACAGAUCUACUACUCUGAUAAAUAUGACGAUGAAAAAUACGAGUACAGGCAUGUAAUGCUACCCAAAGACAUUGCAAAGCGUGUACCCAAGACCCAUUUGAUGUCGGAGACCGAGUGGAGGAACCUGGGGGUCCAGCAGAGCCAAGGAUGGGUGCAUUACAUGAUCCACCAGCCAGAGCCACACAUCUUGCUGUUCCGGCGCCCUCUUCCCUGUCAAAAGUCAUAAAGGGAGACAAACUCUAAGUCCUUGGAAGAUCAGUCCUACUUGCCACAGAUCAACUCAUCAAAACAGGAAUCAUGCUGUCAGAUUACCAAACUCUUGUGUGGUAGGUGACUUGUGAUUGGGGCUGAUCACGUUGGACCUGGAGAAGUACUAUGACAUUUAUGAACAGUGGUUGUGGAAUGGAGUAUGCCUUGAAGGGGGGAGAAAAAAAAAUCACAAUUCUCUUUGGGGAAAAGACUUCUUCAUGUGAUAACAGCGAAACGCCGUCAGCCAGAAAACCUUCAUAUCUGCUUACACGGUCUUUUUGACUCACACCUAUCUGUCAGACUUGCUGAACUUGCUUGGAUAUUCCAGCUUUUUAGAACAAUUGUUAAAAGAUGUGGUGAGUGAAACUUGUUCAAACAUUUGAGUGACUCUUACGGAGUGUUUUUCUGGGUCAGGCUCGGGUCACAAGCCAGACAGAAUAGCUGGAUCCUAAAUGUAAGUUUGACUCUAAAACAUCAAACUGCGGCUUUAAGUGACAUGUUGCUGCUUGGUUUAAUUGACACUGAAAAUUGGCAUUUAACCCUUUUUUUUGUCAUGUGCAUGAAAAGCCGCAUAGAUAAGAGUCACCAAGCAACUAUUUUUGAUCCGUUUUUCUUCCGUAAGAGCAUAUUAUAUUAGUUUUGCCCUACUUUUAAACAAAUCCUUUGGAUGUCAGAGCGACUGUACUAGUGAGCUGCUCAGUAUUUAUGAAUGUGUUGCCCUUACUGAAAUAAAUGUAAACGUUUAAAUCUUUACCCUGGCAGGUUUUAGGGUUAACCGCUACUGUCCCAUUACACAGAGCCACUUGACACAAAAUGAAAAUGGAUGUAAGAAUAAGAGUGAGGGAGAAAGGCGGUUGAUUGCAGACACCACCCAAAAAAGCUCUUAUUAAAAAAAAGAAAACCUGAACCCUCGAAUGGGACGAUGGAAAGCCAAUAGCAUUUGUUUCAGAUUUUGGUGUUGAAUACUAUUGCUGAAAGGCACUUCUUUUCACUGUCUUACUCGUUCUCAAUACGUGCACCCACUCUGACAUGUCUGUGUUUACCUUCUGUCUCUAUUUACUUCCACAUACUGAGCUGCUCUGCUGCCACUGAGGCUAAAACUUUGCCUUGAAUAAUUGUUCUUUGAACUUGUGCCUUGUUUGUAAGGUGUGCUUUUGUUCACUUCUCACUGAAUUUGUUUUUAUAUUGUAUAGCUCUAUUCUACCCUCCAGAAUUAUUAAAAGAAUGCAAUCAAAGUGAUGAUGCAUUUAAUCUUUAAAUGAAACAACUGAUAUGAAAUGUGUUGGAUGACAUCCCUGUACCUUUUGUUGGGUAAUCUGGAAAAUAAUACUAGAUUAACACAGACAGCGUGUGGGAUUGAUAAAGCCCCAUGUUGAGCUGUAACAUUAUGUCGCUGCAUCAAAAUGGAAAUGUUUACUUAACAGUGUUUGCCAAGUUUUUACUCUAACACCUAUUUGUCAGGACUAGCAAAUUUACCAAAACUUUUUCUAUAACUUGGUGUGUAUCCCUUGAUGUAGUGUGGUGCAAACACAAGUCCACCAGAUAGCAGCUAAACUUCUUAACUGCACCCUUGCUCUUCACUGUUUCCUAUCUGUCAACCUGUAAAAUAAAAGGAAACUGCCACAAAAAAAUUGCACAUAGGAAAUGU